UAAACUACCCGUGUUUACAUUUUAUUGCAUUAUUAGAGUUGCAGCUCGCGGGACACUCAUUAGCAUGGGUUAGCAGAAAAACACCACGUGCUUCACCAGUGGAUCAAAUUCACCUUUACAACUUAUCGACAUCGCAUUGCACUACGGGCAUAACCAGAACAGAGGCCCAAAUACACAAACACGAGGGUGGAAGAGUUUAUGGAAACAUACGUCAGAGAUAGUAAAUGAGACAUCAACGAGAUCCCAGAGUUCCUAUUAAGCUUGACUGCUCCCUGACCACAAACAGAAACAUAAACACUCUGCCACGGACACGACCUGCAUGCUUAACCAAGUCCAUUGUAAUGAUGCGAGGUGCAUUGACAGGUCUGGUGUUGGUGUGUUUUGUUGCCCUGCUGGUUGAGUAUGCAGAGGCACACAUUGCAUUCUUCAGCCCCAAAGAAAUGAGAGAGCUCAGGGAAAAGGAAGGAAGGAAGGAUGUUGAUCCACGGGCAGCGGGAGGUUUGAUUGAUGAGAUGACUCCAGAAGAGGAUGUUGGAGAGUCAGAGGACCAGCAUGUUGAAAUAGGGUUGAAACUUACGGUUAAAAAGGGGCAUGUUGAAUCUGUUCUUGGUAAGAUGAUGCAGAACAUCCUGGAGUCAAAGACUGUGAAAUAAGACCUGGAUAUUUAUCUGCUUUGAACGACAAUUGCAGCCAGAUGAUUCAGCACGAUUGCAAGCAUUAACCUUUUGCCUACAAAUGUGUAGAGAAUCACAAUAAAAUAAGUGCGUGCAAAUUUAGAUUUUAGUCAUCAAUUAGUAUGAAAAAUUUAAAUUCAUCAUUUGCGCACCCUCAUCUUGUUUUAAACCUGUAUGACUUUCUUCCAUGGAACACAAAAGGAGAUGUUAGGCAGAAUGUUAGCCUCAGUCACCAUGCAUCUAUGAAUGUAUGGAAAAAAGAUGCAAUGAAAGUAAAUAGUGACUGAGAUUAUCUUUUGUGCUAAAUUGUCAUUUUUGGGUGAACUACUGUAUCUCUUUAAGUAAUUUAAUUUAUGCAAUGAACAGCAUGCUAAAUCACUGUAUGCCUAUGUGUUCUUUUAAAUGUAUAUUUGGCUCUAAAUUUAAAUUGACCAUGUUCUCCUGUACCUUAUCUCAGAGUCACAUCAUUAUGUAACAUGAACUCUUUGUUAAUUUAUGCCCUUAAAGGAGUGUCACAUGAUCCAAUGCAAAUGUCUUUGGAAUUUGAUAGAACUGGAAUAUUCUGCAAGUCUUCCUCUGAAAAUUGACACCAACCAUAUACUAAAUUCCAAUAAAGACUAUUUUUCUUUACACUCAAUAAAUCAUUUUAAGAUUUACGCAUUUUAAUUUAAAUUCAAAAUCCCAUCAAACUGAACUGAGUAAUCUUUAACAAAAUUAAAUUAAAAAAAAAUAAAAACUACAUAUUUAAAGUUUAAUUUAAAUAUUAUAUUAAAUUAAAUCAUUUAAUUUAGCUACAAAUUACACCAUUUAGAUGACGGAAUUUUGUUAUGAAAUUUAAAUGCGUAAAUCUAAAAAAUAGGCUAAAAUGUUUUUUUUUUUUGUGUGUAAUAUACUUAAUAUACAAUAUGGCAUCUGAUUGAGCCUGAAUUAAUACUGUAGACAGCUGUUUCACAACAAAUGUUUACAUAUUAAUAGUACUGUAUUAAUAAAUAUUGUCAUUUAAUAUACAAAAUGUCUAUGAUAAACUUAUUUCAACCUUAUUUAUUUAUUCCACAAUAGCCAUUAAAACCUUAAGGGACAACAUGUUUUUGUGCAGUCACAUGCGUUCAUGUAUGUGUGAGUUGUUAAAU